GUCCCACCGCGAACGUGCGGCUCAGCCAAGGCGUAACGAUCAUUCCGGAAUAGGCAGUGAUCUCUUCAUAAAACUUCACCUCUCUUACUUGCUUAUCUCACACAUCCCCGCGUAUAUAUAUAUACCUUCCCUCCCCUUCACCUUUCCUUCGAUCUCCUUCGCCCUUUGUAAUACAUCCCCUGUCAUAUCCACCAUCCCUUUGUCGCAUACAUCCAUCUUACCACAACUCGCAGAUGGAUCGCUUCCUUGCCCCCAACACCUCUGAGGCUCGCGCACACUCCCAGCUCACCGAAAACUGGCUCUACUGGGACAUUGACCACCCUACUUUCAAUGAAACACUCAUUGCUGGGUGCGCUUCGUACCAGGCAAUCAACAGAUACCUUACAGGCUCUGACCUGUUCAUUGUACCACGCUCAAGAACUGAAUUAGAGCGCAUAUUGAGGCGUUACGCUCAUGAUUCUAUACACAAUGCCAUCUCUAGGUCGCGUUCAAGCCUUGAGUUGGGCGGUUAUAGUCGGACGUGUCACCUCGCAGAGGAUUCUAUACGUAAUGUUCUCAAUACCGGUGAUAACGUAGCCACUCUUCUCGCACUCCACUGCCCAGCAGAUCCGACGAGGCGGAAUAAGGGUUAUUCGCCUUCUCCCAUCAAGACGAACUAAACUAUCUGUACGUUUGUGUACGUCCUUCGCCUCAAAAUCGCACUCCUGUACCAUCAACACGCACCACGAUUUACUUUAUCCUGUUGACUGUAAUCGUGUAUCACCAUUUUGAUACAAUUAUCAGUGUUACAAACA